ACUUCAUUCGGUCGCUCAGUCCCUCUCCGCGCGCCGUGGUGUUAAUGCGCGUCGUAAUUUUCCUCAGUGUUCGCAAACUCUGCUAUUAUUGUUUGAAACAAUCGCUCAGCUAAUCCAUAACUACAAGUUAUUCAAAACAGUGAAACACUAUCUUACUAAUAAAACCCAACCGUGCUAAUGUGAGUGUUCAACUGGACGACUAUCGAAAAUAUCUCAAGCGAAUGUAAAAAUAUACGCGUCGCUGAGAAACGUACUGCCGCGUGUGACUGAUCGAUACUUUAAUGAUAACAUGGAUUCAAUUAGGUGGUCUAAAAGACGGUGAGGUGUAGUGCAAGAAGUGCCCGUUGUGUUUGGACAAGCGGCUUGGCUGACGAGCGAUGCGAGAAUAGCACAAUGCUGCGCUUGUGGGUCGUGGUGGCGCUGGCGGCGUCGAGCGCGGCGCUGCAGCCACGCUGCGAGGAGAUCUCCAUCCCCAUGUGCCGCGGCAUCGGGUACAACCUCACCGCCUUCCCUAAUGAGCUGGACCAUGACACGCAGGAGGAGGCUGGCCUUGAGGUGCACCAGUACUGGCCGCUAGUCGAGAUCAAGUGUUCAGCCGAUCUCAAGUUCUUCCUCUGCUCAGUAUACACCCCAAUAUGCCUCGAAGACUACCCGAAACCGUUGCCGGCCUGUCGAUCCGUGUGCGAGCGGGCGCGGGCCGGCUGCGCUCCUCUGAUGCAAAAAUACGGUUUCCAGUGGCCCGAGCGUAUGGCCUGCGAGAAACUGCCGCGGAUGGGGGACCCCGACAAGCUCUGCAUGGAGGAGACCAACCGAGCGCAGGAGCCCGAGCCUCCACGCGCGCCGCCGCCGCCGCGCCGGCCGCACUACAAGUGUAAGGAUCCAAAUUCAAAAAACUGCGAAAGCGGCCCGGCUGCAAGCCCGGGCGAGGCCGCAAGCGACGAGUGCGCGUGCACAUGCCGGGCGCCGCUGGUGCCCGCGCGGCACAACGGCUCGGCCGCGCUCGCGGCGCUGCUGCCCGGCGAGGGCUGCGCGCUGCCCUGCCGCGGCGCCUUCUUCACCAGGGAGGAGAAGGAGUUCGCGGGCGUGUGGGUCGCGCUCUGGAGCGGCCUCUGCGCCGCCUCCACCCUCAUGACGCUCACCACCUUCCUGAUCGACUCCCAGCGCUUCAAGUACCCCGAGCGCCCGAUCGUCUACCUGUCGGCGUGCUACUUCAUGGUGGCCCUCGGGUACCUCGCCCGGCUCGCCAUCGGCCAUGACGAGAUCGCGUGCGACGGCCCUCUGCUCAAAACCUCCGCGGCCGGCCCGAGCGCGUGUACCCUAGUCUUCAUCCUCGUAUAUUUCUUCGGGAUGGCGUCCUCGAUCUGGUGGGUCAUCCUAUCGUUCGCCUGGUUUUUGGCGGCGGGACUCAAAUGGGGCAACGAGGCGAUCGCCGGGCACGCCCAGUACUACCACCUGGCCGCGUGGCUCAUCCCGGCUGCGAAAACCGUGGCCGUCCUCCUGGCCGGGGCCGUCGACGGGGACCCGGUGGCGGGCAUCUGCUACGUCGGCAACUCGUCGCCUGAGAAUUUAAAGAAGUACGUUCUCGCGCCCCUGAUCGUGUACUUCGCCCUCGGGGCGACGUUCCUCCUGGCCGGCUUCGUGUCGCUGUUCAGAAUCCGGUCGGUCAUCAAGCGGCAGGGCGGGCUCGGGGCCGGGUCGAAGGCGGACAAGCUCGAGAAGCUGAUGAUCAGGAUCGGGGUGUUCAGCGUGCUGUACGCCGUGCCGGCCGGCGCCGUGCUCGGGUGCCUCGCGUACGAGGCGAGCGGGCACCUGCCGUGGCUGCGGCGCGCGGCGUGCGGCGCGCGCUGCGGGCCGCGGCCGCUGUACGCGGCGCUGAUGCUGAAGUACUUCAUGGCGCUGGCCGUGGGCAUCACGUCGGGGGUGUGGAUCUGGUCGGGCAAGACGCUGGAGUCGUGGCGGCGCGUGUGGCGCGGCGGGCGCGCGCCGGGAGGGGCGCAGCGCGCGCUGGUGAAGGGCGGCGUGUGACGCGCGGCGGCGGCGGCG